AUGGGCCUGACCCCAUUACCGCCUAGCCAGACAUUUCCCUCGUCGCCCUCUAGCCCUCGAAAGCGGUCAAUUCACGAAGUUGAUGGUACUGAACGACCAUCUGUUGGCCCUAAAAAAUCACUCUUAGACUUCACAGGUGAAAACCAAGAGAACCAUGACCCCUCUGGGCCUACGAUAAAGUCAGACAGUCUCUCAUUUCAGAACGAUCCAUCUGCUACCAUUCAAUCGACACCAAACUCUGCACCCCAAGUUAUUAUUCCUUUCAAGUCCGACCCAUCACUUUCUGGUAGUCCUGUCCACUUCCCCUCUCCUAUUCCCAAUCCUGCUGUUGAGACACCUCAAGGAUCUCCAGUGAAAUCUGAUAUGGCUCCUGGGAAAAAACGAAAGCUCUCACCCAGUGUUAAAGAAGCUAAGGAGCGGCUGCGGUUGGAAGAAAAAGCCAAGAAGGAUGAGGAAAAACGAUUGAAGGACGAAGAGAAAAAGAAACGGGAGACGGAACGUGAAGAAGAAAAACGAUUAAAGGAGGAAGAGAAGAAGAAGCGAGAGACUGAGCGAGAGGAGAAGAAAAAGGCUAAAGAUCAAGAAAAGGCUGCUAAGGAAGCUGCUAAAGAGGAUGAGAAACGUCGAAAGGAGGAAGCACAGCAGAAGAAAGAUAGAGCACAACCCAAGCUCAAUUCCUUCUUUGGAAAGCCGCGGCAACCUACGGAGCCUGUGAAGACAGCUGCCUUGUCCAGUAACAUACCUAGCACUGGCUCCGACACGAACGUUUUCACAUUGCGCAACUCCGACUACGCCAAAGACUUCCCUGAUUUCUUUCUUAAAUCAAAUACAGUUGUUGCACCACCCCACCGCUUUGAACGUGAUUCUGAGGCUCUUGCGCACGUUCGACAUACUAUUGACGCCUCUUUCUGUUCUAACGACAAUACGCCAUACGAAAUCCAACCUUUUGUUCCCUCUACGAUCUUCAACCUUGUUCCAUACCGUCGCCGACAAGGUCGUUACACCCACUCAGUCAAAGAAAUCCUGCAAACAAUGCAGAACCUUGAGGAUGCUGCGAACCAGCUAGGCGGGGAGGUGAAGGAGAAAUCAAUCAAAGCUUCCCUUGAUGAGCUUCGCCAGAUCCCUAUGAAGUCUCUGAAAUUCGGGGAGGAUGUGCGUCCCGCCUACCAAGGCACCUUUUCCAAGCAGAUUCCUAUUCUCUCAGCCAACAAGGUGUCUCGCAAUCCAUACCACCGUGGUUUACCUGAUGUAAACUAUGACUACGACUCGGAGGUCGAAUGGGAAGAGCCCGAGGAGGGUGAGGAGCUUGAUUCUGAGGAAGAAGAAGAGGCCAGUGAUGAUGGGGAGGACGAUAUGGAUGGUUUCCUGGAUGACGAGGACGACGCAUUGGCAGGUAAACGACGCAUGAUUGUCGGUGACCUUGAACCUGUCUGCAGUGGUCUUCACUGGGCGGCCGAUGGCCCACACGAAGAAUUCAAGGUCUAUCAGAUUGAGACCAUUUCUGAAUCCGUCCGGUUCCCCAUCGAUCCCUUUUCAACAGCUUAUUGGGAGAAACCACGCGCGGUCGAAACAGCACAGAAAGCCCGAGUGACACAGAAGCCCACCCCAAUUGAUUUGUUCCGGGUUCAAAAUACGGUUGUGCCUAGUGGCAGUGGUGUUACUAUUCCCCCACCGCCACCGCCAGCGUUCAAAGCUAAAAAGCCCUUCCCACCCGAACAGUUGGCGGAGUUCAAAACGGCAGUGGAAGGAAGUGAUUUAAGUAAAAUCGGAUUGGUUGAAAUUCUGAAAAAACGAUUCCCUAAGGUUUCCAAAGAGACCUUAAAGGCUACCUUAGACCAAGUUGCCGUCCGUGUGGGUCAAAAGGAAGUGGACAAGAAAUGGACAUGUCGUUGA